CCAGUGGGAAGACUGAAAAGACUGAGUGGACUGGAUUGGUACAACGAGCACUUGGGAAAAAUGACCUCCUAAAAUUCCGACCAAAUGAAAAAGGCCUUCAUUUGUUUUUUCGAUUCUCUGCAUCGCUUCCCCACCGGAAAUUAAAAAAAAUGGACGAAUCCCCGAUCUACAAUCUACCUCAGGAAACUCUCUACCAGAUCUUCUCUAGCCUUCCACUCCGUCAGAUCAUGAUCUGCCGCUCCGUCUGCAAGCUCUUCAACCAACUCCUCACCUCCCCUUGCUUCGUUGAUCACGUCUUCACCAGAUCCCCUCUCAACCUCAUCGCUCUCCGACCUCCACACCAUCACCACCACCAUCACAGCCAUAGCAACCGCCACUUGUCCUCUCAUUCGUAUCUACACGUGUUCGAUCCCGACCAGAACCAAUGGCUCAAGUUCAACCUCGAUUUCCUUCCCUUCCGGUCUCCCCACCCGGUCGCUUCCUCUCUCGGACUCGUUUACCUCUGGGGAGACUCGCCCGACUCUGCCGACUCGAAUAAAUCGCUCGUCGUCUGUAACCCGUUGACCCGGCGUUUCCGGGUUUUGCCUCAGCUGGGUUCGGCUUGGUCGCGUCAUGGGUCUGUCCUGGUUGACACCGCGAGUCGGGUCAUAGUCUUGACGGAAUUGGUGGCACUUUACUUCACUGGUGCGCAUCAGUGGCUGAGUUUCUCUUCCAACUUGCCGUCGAAACCCAGAAGCCCAAUUUUGGUUUCCGACUCGGUUUACGCGCUCUGCGAUGUGGGUUCGCCUUGGAGGAGCCAGUGGAAGCUUUUCUCUUGCACAAUCACGCAGCUCAAGAGCUCGAAGCCAUGGACUCGGUUAGAGAGGCAUGAGUGGGGGGACGUGUUUGAUAUUUUGAAACGGCCCCGUUUGGUUCGGGGAACGGGGAAUCGAAUCCUGAUGGUUGGUGGGUUGAAGUCUUCGUUUUCUUUGAACCCUUCGUGCUCGACGAUAUUGAUACUGAGGUUGGAUUUGGAUAGCAUGGAGUGGGACGAGGCCGGUCGGAUGCCACUAGACAUGUUUGGGUGUUUUCAGGAGUCGAGCAAGUUCAAAGUGUUUGGUGGAGGAGACCGGGUUUGCUUCUCUGCGAAGAGAAUUGGGAGGUUGGCAUUGUGGGAUCCUUGUUCCGGUAAAGGGGAGUGGAGGUGGAUCGAUGGUGUUCCUGGUAGUGGUGAUGGUCUUUCCAGAGGGUUUGUUUUUGAGGCGAGGUUAACUGCAUUGCCAUGAUAGAUGUGGUUGAUUGGGUUAUUGAGCUGUUGAUGGUGCCAAUACGAGGUUGGUAUAUUUAAGAAACAGAUCAAAUGACGUUGUAUCAAUUAGAAUUUUAAUCAAAACUUGCAUUUUCAAUUUUAUAAGUUAAUGAAAAAUCAAUUUAUGUUUCUUUGUC